CUAGUACCCGUCAGUGCCUGGGGGUGGUUGUAGCAGCAACCCGUGUGGUGUGUCACCGACUGUCUCGUGCAGUGUGACACCAUCUAAACUCAUCCCAACUCAUCCCAUUCUUGACGCCCUUACCUUACCAUUCUAUUUCAUUCGUCUCCCUUCCUCUGCCAGUAUCCAACGUACACCGUACAAGUCUUCCCUUGACCCCACGUCUCUGCUUGUUGUCACUGGAAUUGCCGUGCCCGGGCUUUGUACACCAACAAAACGCCCGCAUCAGCUGCUCGGCCCUCUAGAUUCAACUGCUGGCCCAACUGCAGGAGUGAGUCCAACUUUCAUGUUCCCUCAGCUUUGGGCGACCUGGUCGGCGGAAUCCCACGUUGUUCCGGCCCACAGCCUCAUUAGCCUUAUCAAACCUCAAUUACCCAGCGGUCCGCCGUGUCGGGCAGCUUUGGAAGCUAGCUCUCUAGCACAGCCUAAUCUUCUCCCGAUCCAUGUCGCUCUUCAUGCACAUCCUCCUAUCCCGAUUGUCUUGCUCGUUUUGAUUCGAGCUGACCAGUCCUAGAGAGCUCCAUUUGCCGUUGAGGUCGCCGGCACAUGUUCCUCUGACACCGCUCUGCCGGCAUAGUCCAUAGGCCUCGUUGGACCCAACCCCCGGCGCAGAUAACGAAACUUCUUCGCUUUCCAUCAGACACGUCCUUCAUCCUGAUAAACUACUUCUGACCACCGAUACUUGCUCCGAGAGAAGCAUCCAACAACAUUGUGCUCGAUUUCUCGAGCACGAGCCUUUUUCUUUCUGGUUUCUUCACCUGGGUACAGCUACAAUGAGCAUAUACUUGUGGUACACGUUCAGCUGGAGUUCUCUGAGAAAGAGCUUUGCGCCGUGGUAGCGGUCCGUGUUGAAAGGGCUGCUCAAACAAUAUUUCCUGAAUAUCUGUAAACAAAGAAAAUAUAACACAGGUGGCCGACACCGCCCCUUCCAUCAGUGGGAAGAGACUUAGUCUCUAAAGCUCGACUCGAGGGCACCUUUCAUGCGUUGCCGGCACUCUCUCACGUUACCUAUCUGGAAGCCAUCAGUUCGGGUUCAAGUACCCCCACCGCGGCCUCGAUGUUUGGGUCAAAUUCAUUGUCGCUUCCCGCCACUUUUGCUCACGAACAUCGCCCACUCCGCCUGACAUCUGAAAGUGCGCGCCCUCAGCCGAUCGGAGAGUGUCGGCAUCCCCUCGUACACGCCUCGGCGCACAGUCAGCAAUGCUCUUGUCAAUUCUUUCAUCACAAUCGAAGCGCCCCGGGCAACAUCUGUGACUGCGGCCACCAGGCGUGUUAUCAUGUCCAUGACAUUGUUGGUGACAAAAAACAGUCGACCGAGGUCUUCAAUGUCAUACUCGAAAAACUAGCUGACAAGGUCAAACGCUUGGAGGAGACCAUCCAGAAUGAACGGGGGAAUCGUGAGACGGCACUCCAGAGAGAACGUCAGUUGUGGGAAAGGGAAGUGCGGAUCUUGCGUGAAGCCCUAGCGGCCUUCUAUCAGAGCGAGAAGGAGGUGCUAAGAAAGCUCCAUGAAACGGAGGACAAGAUUCUAUGCAAUGGUGAUGAACAGGUUCGCCUAAGGGACCGUGUUGUCGUCCUGGAUGACACGACCAUUUCAAUGGAGAAGAGAUUGGAAGAACUGGAGGGCGUGCGUGCCAAGAGAAGACGGUUGGGCCGCAGUGGCCAAGUUCAACAUGAAGAAGCAACAAUAAAUGGCCAUGCUUCGCCGGACACCAUGAGGAGGGUCUCUUCCAGUAUCGACGAAAGAUCCAUCCAUACCCCAUCCUCGAGGGCCCUGUCACCUAACGCACUCGUUCCAUCUCUUCCAGAGCUUGAAGAACCUCGCUCCAGUGGCAUUCUCAAUAUGGUCGAGUUGCCGCGGCCAGCAUCGCUCCAUGCAUCUCAGCACCUGUCGGCAAACCAAGAAGAACCACGAUCGAGUGGAUUCCUCAAUUUGGAGCUUGCAGAACGACUUGGUCGGAAAACGAGCUCGGAUCAGGCACAGGUUAUCCCCCAGCACACUGCUAGAACCGCCUCUUCUCAAGAUGGAGCAAGUCCACCUGGCUAUGCAAAUUCCAACCCUGAUGUCCCCAAAGCCAGUUGGACUCCUCCAAAGGUUGAAUCCACCAAAGACUCUACCAUCAGCGUCAUGGCGCUCCCGGUCAACGGUUCUCCUCGCAAAAGGAAGCACUGCCUUGAUCAUGUCGCCCUAGAUGUGCUUGCCGAUGUCACUGUGGCGAGUCCACUCAUUCACUAAGGUCUCCUAGUAUAUUGUGAAACUUAUUUCCUUCCUUCGACCAUGAUGAUGUGGUAGCCAUGGCUGGUCUUCACUUCCGCGUCUACCGUUGGUUAGCAAGUGGUUUGGUCACGGUCUCUUUCGUCGCAGAGUCAGGCAAUAUACCCAAGUUAGGCCGUUCAAGAGUGUUGGAUCGCUCAUUUUGAGGCCGGGUUCUUUUUUUCAGGUAGAUGCCACCACAGUCUUUGUACGAAGAAAUAAACAAACUCACAUUUUGGAUUGGCUGUCG